AUGGCAUCGGGCCGUUCAUCCGCUGCUUCGACGCGUGGUUUGACCUUGUGUUCGACGCUUCCCUGUCCUCGGAGUGCGACCCGACCGUCGAGGAUACCGCUGCACAUGAUGAUCCUGCUGCUGGUGGCGAACCAGUCCACGACGACGCCGCCGAGCGUGGCGAACAACCUGUUCUCGCAGCACAUCCUGCCCAUCGUCCUGGCGAUCCUGAUGCUGCCGCUCGCGGCGCUCGACCCCUACACGAUGCACAUGCCGAUGCGGCCGCUGUUGGUGUGCCAGGGCACGAUGACGCUGCCGCUGGUGCCAAACGGCUUGUUCUCGUAG